AUGAAUCACCAGAAGCUCAAGCACCAUGUGAGAAACAUGCGGAACACGCUCUACUCUGAGCCUCUUGACUUGGCCUGCACGUCCUAUGCCAAGAUUCAAGAAGAGUGCGCGUCCCUAGUGCGUGCUCUGCUCACCCCUCCCACUGAGCCCAGAGAGGUGGAUGCGCCCUCGAGAUUUUCAGGAGCGUUCUCGCGUGGGAAGCCCGGCGAGGAUGCCAAGGCGUCUCAACAGUACAUCGCAGAUGUACAGGCAUGGAGGAAGUGCCUCGAGGACCUGGCUGCGAUAUUGAGGACACGACUUGAGAGGACAGGUCUGCUUGGCGCAUCCGAGGGCACAGGCGAGAACCAACCUUCCCGCUCGGACCGACAGAUGUCCAACGAACGCCACACGCAUUACAAGCGGAUCCAGCAGGACCUCGACGAGAUCGACCGCCUGCUUGAACCGGCGUCGACGGGGAUAGCACCCGAGGUCUCCCAGGAGAGAACAACGAUCGACUACGUAAUUGCUCGUCGCGGUGAUGCUAUCCUCCAGUUCGAGAACGCAGCUCUAGAGAACGCCCCCAUCUUGAGGUUCCGGGUCUCGUCCCACAUGCUCAGAGAGACUUCGCCCAUCUUUGCGCGCAUGUUCUUCGUCAAGGCCGAAGAUCUGGACCUUGACCAUCUAGACAUGGAGGAAGACGUCUCUUCUGAACUGCCGCCGAAGCCCAACAAGUUCACGUGCCCCGAUGGGUCCACGGCGAUGCUCUACCGCAUGCCCCAGCUCGAGCUCAACAAAGACUCUAUGCUCAAGCUCCUCCUGUAUGCGGCGCACAUGCAGAGCGAGAAGAUCCCUCGUAGCCUGUCCUUCAAGCAGCUCGUCUCUCUGGCAGAGACGUGUCUGCGCUACCGCUGCACCACGCCCGUCGAGUUCCCCUUCGAGCACCUCUGGCUCAACCAGUGGAUUCACUACGCCGCAGGGCCGGAAGCCGACGCCGUCGUCCCCCACGGCAUGCUGCUCAUCAGCUACGCGUUUGGCCUCCGCCGGCUCUUCACGCGCACGUCCAAGACGGCCAUCCUGUUCCUCCGCGGGGACGAGGACAUCGAAGCCCAGUCCAGUUGGCCUCCCGAGCUCAAGAAACGAAUCGCCGCCAUGUGUGAGACGAAACGGGCGCAGAUCUACGAGGCCUGCGCUGCCGCUGUGCAGGAAUACCUGCCUCGAGCAGCACCUCCGAAAGAGCCAGAAACAGCACCCAGAGGAAACGAUCCCGAAGACGAAACAGCAUCUACCGAACCACCGAACGCGGAGCAAUGCCAUCCGGCUGCUGCAAUCCACACCAUAUCUCUAUCUUCCGACAGCACGACGCGCUGCCCAGCGGGCAAUAUCGCCUGCGACGCCGCGAAUCUAGGCUGGCUCGUCAUCGGCCUCUCGCAAAGGGGCCUCCUCCCCCGCCCACCCUUCUCUCCUUACCAGCAACAACCUUCCAAUACGGGCUCCCAUGAGCCGCCGCCACUCCACCCCCCAGGACGGUCGGUGUCGGACCUCAUCGACGCGCUGCGCUCCAUCCCCUCGCCGCCGCAGGCGGCCCACCCCGUGGCCGCGGCCUGCGACCCGACGCGCGCCCUGCGCGACUUCGCCAACGACGUGUACAACAGCGUCUCCGGGCUGACGCUGUUCCAGGCCAGCGGCGGGCGGGCGCACGGCUGGGCGCUCUCGCGGCGCAAGCGGGACGAGCCGCAGCGCGUGCUCUCGGUGCUCGCGGGCGGGUCGCGCAGGACGGCGCCGUCGUACACUGCUGCUGGCGAGGAGGCCGUCUCUCUUCAAGGGGGGGAGGUGGAUGAUCAGCAGGUCGUGGACGAGAUGCGGGCGAUGAGGAUAGAUAAGAGUGGACACGCCCACGACGACGACGACGACGACGAAGAUGAAGACUGGACGAUGACGGACGGACAGGGCAGUAAGGACGAGCAGCAGAAGCAGGAUGUCGUCGGUGCUGUGACGAUGAUGAUGCAGUCCGCCACUCUCAGGGAGGAAGUGACAUCGGAUGAGGAGGGUGGCACGGCGGGAAGGAUGACCCAGGAGGAGGCGUACAAGAUCCUCUGGCCCGAGACGACGCACGACGAACAGGUCGUCGCAUCGCCGCCGCCGACGGCAGCUUCCGAUGAUCCGCCUCCCUUUCCGAAAGACGGCGAGACGGACGCCGCCAGGGAGAAGUUUCUCGCUCACGACACUGUGCUGCACAUAUCCGAGGCCAAGAUGCUGGUGUCCGUCGACGGGAAGCAGCUCCGUGGCGAGCGGGACGAGAUGGUCGGGCUGAUCCCUCCGAGGGAGGCUGGCGCAGCUUGA